AUGAGAUUAGCAAAGGAACGUUCACGUGAGCGUGAAAUGGAUAGUGAAUUGAAUAAAUUAUGUUUGCCGGGUUUGCCGCCACUGCCAAAAAGUUUAAGCACAGCAGCUGCUGCAGGCGUUUCGUCGGCCGCCUCCUCAGCAACGCACUCGAAUACUGCGUCACCGUUAAACAACCAUCAUCAGCAUCAUCAUGCAUUGCACGGUGUCGAGAGUGUGGAUCUCUUUUUGGGACCCUCAACAUCGGCGGCCGCCACUCGUAAUCACUACCGACACGGCAGUUUGUCCUCGACACAAGAGUCACUAAGUGAUCGUGAAAGUAUACACAGUCGCGCAUCUUCGUCGCACAGUAGUCAUCAUACACCCACAAAUACCAAUACCGAUAAUGGUGGCACAUCAAUCUCGCUAAGUGGUGGCAGUGGUAGCAGCACAACCAGCACGUUGGACACACAACUAGCCAUAUUGCGUCGUGAAAUGUAUGGGCUGCGUCAGUUAGAUCUUUCUUUACUCUCACAAUUAUGGGCACUCAACGAAUCGAUUCAGGGAUUUCGUGUAUUUCUACAAGAACAAGAAGCGCUCUCACCGCCAUCACCCUCACCAACGCCAUCUGACACUAAUUCGCUUACAUCAGAGGCGGAAGAGGAAUCAUAUUCAGCGCAACCAUUGAAAUUACAACAUCCCAUUGUUGCACAAGCAGCAUUACCACCUGGUGGCUCGACAACAUCGCACGCCUCAACAAGUUCAGCGUCUGGCACGUCGGGCUCCUCAUCGGCUACCUCUUCGAUGGGUAAGCAUGGCGGUAUGCCAUUACCGCCGGCACCACAAAAGACACACCCACAGCUGCCACGUAUUCUGCAGCAACGUAUGCGUCGUGCACCGCCGCCACCGCCACCAACAACACGACCCAAAACGACUAGGGACGCAAUGGCGGCAGCCAAUGGCACAGCAACGACACCAGUGCCACAGAGACCAGCAUGACAAAACCCAUUCUUGGAUUAAGCAUACAUACAACGUAAAGUGUUUGCUUAAUUCAAGAAUGUUGCUCUAAACAAAAAUUUAUAGCUCGUAGACUAUUCAAACGUUUGUGACUGUAGUACGUGUAGGCUUGUUGCCAUUUGGGAAUAGUCGUGCAAGUCGUAGAGACAAAUAUUGUCAAUUAUGUGUUGCGAUUGUGUCGCUAUGUAGAAGGAAAAACUGACACGUAAACGUUGAAGCGCAAUUAUGAAUAACAUAAUCAAAAUAUAUUCAGUGGAUUUAAUAUUUGCGUAUUUCGAAAGUGUAUUUUAGACGCUUGUAAACGGUAAACAUUUGCGGUAGAAUUUAGCGUUUAAUUUUAAAAAUUAUAGCGCGUUUUAUUCAGUGCGUUCCAUGCAAUUGUAUCUAGUAAGUAAGCGCGUAAGCUAAUCAAAAUGUAAUGAAUGAAAUAUCGGUGUCGUAUUGUACACAUAUUCCCAAAUAUUGCUGUUAAAGGGUUAAAAAACAAAGAAAAUGUAACGAAUUGAAUAUCAAACUUUAGAUAUACGAAAAUUAUUGAUUAAUACAUAUUGCUAUAAAGUCUGUUUAAAUAUUUUCCACUAUACACAAACUUACAUACACAACCCACAUGCACAACAACAACGUGAAAGUGCACACAUCUGUAACCAAAAUACACAUUGCAUCCUAACACCACGCUGCAUUUACGCAUAGAAGAGGUGUUGUGCCAAUAUGCGAUGUCAUUCACUCCACUCCAUUGUAGCCCUUGGUGGUCACAUUUAACGAAACAAAAUUAUACUAGGAACUAUGACGAAAACGAUAAACAAAAACGAUCUUAGCUGAUUUUAGCCCAAUACAUACCAUAAAUAAACCUAAACAGAAGUAGCACUAGACGUUCAAUUUAUAUUCAGAAAUUGCAAUCAAUUAUAUAAAUUACAUACAUAAAUAAUAAACGGCUGCACAAGUCGACUUACAACUUAUUUCAAAUUAUUCGUUUGUUUAACAUAACACUGCAAUGUUCCUUGUUC